CGAGUUCUAUAAUCAACGCCCUUUCCGGUGACGUCACGUCCAGUUCCGCUACGAGCCCCCCCCCCCUGCCCCUGUCUGCCCAGCGACAAUGGCGUGAGGCGCGGCUCGCGUAGAGAGGCAGGGCCGCGAUUACAGCUCCACGACCGAGUCUCCCGCUCUCAUCUCUCUCUCUCUUUCCUCGCUCUCUCUCUCCUCGCUCUGUCCCUCUCUCUCUCCAGCCGCCUCGCUCGCACGCGCGGUCUACAACGCCGCGCUGAGCGAGCGGAACGAGGUUGUCGCUCGGAUUUGGGCGAGGAGUGGCAUUGAGGGAUUGUGGCUGUUUUCGCGAUUCAACGUCCCAAGUUCGAUGCAAGAAGAGAUUCCGUUCCCUUUAUACUUGGGAGCCGACUGUCGGUGGGGGAGCUCCCUCGCAGCAGGGCCCAUGAACAGCGAGGUGGCGGCCGUGGCCCCCAUCAGCCUGGUGCCCCGCGACACCAAGUGGCUCACGCUCGAGGUGUGCCGUGAGUUCCAGAGGGGCGCGUGCUCGCGCACUGCGGAGGAGUGUCGCUACGCCCACCCCCCCAAGCACGUGAGCGCCCCCCACGGGCGCGUCAUAGCCUGCUUCGACUCACUCAAGGGCCGCUGCACGCGUGAGAACUGCAAGUACCUGCACCCACCCGCGCACCUCAAGACGCAGCUCGAGAUUAACGGCAAAAACAACCUGAUCCAGCAGAAGAACCUCACGGCUAUGGCGCACAUGCAGAUGAUGGCGCCCUCCAUGCUCGCGCCCAUGCACUCCUACCCCCAGCUGAGCAUGUACUCGCAGCCGGCCUCCCCGAUGCCAUACCUGAGUUACCUGUCCCCGGCGACCCCGGGCCUCGGCUACCUCCCACCGGAUGUCCUGGCCACGGCUGGGGGCGCCAUGCCGGGCACCCACGCGGCGCUCGUCAUGAACGCGCAUGCGCCCGGCGCCAUGGCGGCGGCAACGGCCGCUAGCGCCCUGCAGCCCGGGAUGCGACCCCUACGCACGGACAAGCUGGACGUGUGCUCGGAGUUUGUGCGUGGGGGUUGCCCCCUGUCGGCGGACGACUGCCGCCUGGCGCACCCCCCCGAGCGGGGCCUGCUGGACCCGGCGGACGGGCGCGUCACCGUGUGCAUGGACUUCGUGAAGGGCCGCUGCUCACGCCACAAGUGCCGCUACUUCCACCCGCCGCUCCACCUGCAGGCCAAGGUCAAGGCCCUGCAGCACCAGGCCAACCAGGCGGCCGCCGCCGCCGCCAUCGCGGCUCCAACAGCAGUGAAAUCGCUGAAGAGACCUUACAACGCGGCCUUUGACUUGUCCAUGCCCACAGGGGUCAUGACCCCAUUACCAAAGCGAGCGGCCAUGGACAAGCCCAACGGCAUGCUGGGAGCGACGUUCAACCACGCGCUCAUGGCGUACCAGUCGGGGCUGUCCGGCCUCCACAUGGCCGCGCAGCCUUACAUGGCUCCAGGUUCCAUGUUUUGCAUGGCGGCACCCACAGCCACGUUCGCAGCGCCCAUCAUGUACCACCACAACCACCACCACCACCACGCGGCCGCCGCAGCUGCUGCGGCCGCCGCCGCUGCCUCCGCAGGGUCGGGACCGCCAAACCCCUUGGCCAAUCAGCUGCAACAUGGAGGCCUCACCGCCCUGGACCCUGAAGAUGAGCGUUACCAUGUUCUGCUGAAGUGACUUCCCACGCAGCCAAAUCCCACGGGGGGGGGGGGGGGGGGGGGGGGGACCCAGUCCUCGACCUCACCAAAACCCGAGUCGUCUUUCGGCCAAAAAAAAAGAAAAGUUACGAUUACAUGAAAUGGUGCGAGCGAGCGAGAGAGCGAGAGGGGAGUGCGGUGACGGGGAGGGGUGCGAGCGCGUGGAGUGGGGGCGUCAAACGCAGCCCGCGCGUGGCCUCUCGCGUUUCACCGCCGGAAAGAAGAGAAAAAUUAUACGGAGAAGAGAAUAUUUAUGACGAUUAGAGGAGAGCACUUUUUAAAAAAGAAAAAAGUAAUAUUAAUAAAUAUCGAUUAUCCCCAUCCUCCCCACCCCCCAUCCCCCCUCCCCCCAUAUAUUAUUUUGCCCCACAGUGCAAAUUUAGCAAAGACACACAAACCCGCGAGUUGCGUUGGAACGAAUCCGCUUAGUGCCGCGGCCAUGUAUCCUCUUCGAAUAGCAAGACUUUCUUUUCGAGUAAUAUAAAUAUCGCGUAGUCUUUUUAAGUUUUACCGCAAAUUUUUUGUUUUGGGGGAAAGACGCAACCGACGGAUCGAAUCGCCGGCGACCGUGCGGACGAGACGCUCGCCCCCCCCCCCACCCUUCACGUCGAUUUCAACGCAAACCACGGCCCCCCCCCCCUUCCACCGCCUUUGUCAAUCCGCCCCGUGUUUGACCAUAACUCAUAAUGCUGAUUGGCGCGUGGGCUGGGGUUGGUGAAGGUGGCGGUUGAGGGCGAGUGGGCGGGCGGGGAACGGUGGCAGUGGAGGGCGGGGAGGACCGGUGGCCAAGUAUUGAACUCCGUUUGCUGGGUUCGUGUGGCUAGCCCCUUGCGACCCACCGCCCCUCGCCGCUUGAUGACGGCGGAGUGAGUCGGAGGUUUGGAGGUCGCCGUUCGUAACGCGCGCGGCCCUCGCGUCCAUCCGCUGCCGGACGGGGGCCAUCCCACCCCACCAUGCCGUGCGGGUCACGGUUCUUACGUGACCAUCCUUCACGCUGGCCAGUGCGGGUCGGUGAAGGCGCACAGCGUAGACUUACGUGGAGCAUACAAGUACAGAGUAACGGUGGAUUUUGCUGCACUGCCCAAUGGUGCCCCCACGCCCCCACUUCACUUUCAAGAGCCGGCGAGAUCGGGUGCAUUGUGGGUGAUUGGGCCACGGUCACGUGACCGGAUUAAUCGUCUGCUUGUUCGUGAUGCGGAGGCAACAGCUGAGAGAUGGCCGCUUCUUACUCUUCAUGGCAAAACAACCGCCGACCUACAGAAUCAAUAUUUAGACCGGAGAAGGAAUCCGUUGAGCUAUGAAGCUCUCUUUUGCUAAAUGUCCAAUGUGGGCGGGGUCAGCAGGUUACAACAACAAACAAUACAAACACAAAUGAUAGUUCAAAAUAGAGAAAAUACCAAGCAAGUCACCAAAUUUAAAUAAACUGAAACUAAGGUUGUUUUUUUUUACCUAGCUCAGCCCACUAUUUGUAUCAGUCCGGCAGGGCAGCCGGUGGAAUCUUCUACUACCCCGGUAGUUCCCGUCCGCUGCUGCCCUCGCGCACCGAUAGCGUACGCGGCCAUUUUCAAACCCCCCUGGCACACUGCCGCCCUCCAAUGACCUCCAAUGACCUCCAUUGACCUCCAUUGACCUCCAUUGACCUCCAUUGACUCCGGCAGCCGCCACCUGCAGCACGAGGUAUCCACCCAGUGAUGGGAGCCGGAGGACCGGCUCCCAUAAUGCAUUGUCGUUAAUUAUACAGUUGUAGGACCUGCUCCCGUAAUGCACUGCCGUUAACUAAACAGUUGUAGGACCAGCUGCCAAAAUGAAUCGCUCUUAACGACGUAUGACCGGCUACCAUAAUGCAUCGCUCUUAACGACGUAGUUGUAUGACCAGCUCCCAUAAUGCAGUGCUCUUAACGACAUCGUUGUAUGACCAGCUCCCAUAAUGCAUCGCUCUUAACGACGUAGUUGUAUGACCGACUCCCAUAAUGCAUUGCUCUUAACGACGUAGGUGUAUGACCGACUCCCACAAUGAAUUGCUCUUAACGACGUAGGUGUAUGACCGACUCCCAUAAUGAAUUGCCCUCCUCCACUAGAGGAAGUUCUAGGGAGCGCCCCUCUAAGAGGGUACUCUAAGAGGGUCUUUGACAAUGAACCGACACUUCGUCCCCCAUCACAUGCGACCUGCCGAUUGACCUUCCUGUUGCAACUCGGUGCCGCGGGCGUGUCGAGACGUAGCGGGGCCCACGCCCGCUUAGCCCCCGGAGUUUCCCGGUGGGAACUUCCUAAACCUUUUACUUCUGCUCGUCUCUUAUGCAUCGAUGAAGACUUCUCGAACUCGCGCUGGAACACGGCACGGAUAAGACUCCGCUGGAUUUCUUUUUUUGUUGCGGAGGUUGCAUCUUCCCCCCCCCCCCCCCCUCUAAAAAGCGCGGCGAGACGCGAGAAAUACAAUAUUAAGGAUAAGGAUUUUGUCCGCGUCUGGUUGGUCGUGCGCGAGCGCGCGUGUAUUUAAUGUGACGGGGUCCGCCGCCGCCGUUUGUUCCAAAGACGGCGCUUCACGCCGUAGGCAAACUCGGUUCGUGGUUCGCGAGUCGCCGCGCUUUACUGGGUCUCUCCCCCCCGGUCGCGCGCAGGUUUGAGUCGUUGCGCGCUGCUGCACGCACCCGAUGAUUGGUAAACAAGUCCCGAUGCGAUGUUUAGAGAACCGUCCGUUUAAAAAUAAUGGGAGAUAAUUUGUUUGUGUGCGUGCCGUGUGACGCGUGUGGGGGAACGGUGGGCGUAGCGGUUAGGGACCCGAGUUCCAUUUCUGGCUGAUGGUCAACAUGGGUUGCGAAUAUCUGAACCGGUCCUGCGCUUACCCCGAGGUCGAUUCGGCCAGCUGCGGCGCUUGAACAUCGGCACUGCGGGAGACAGGCGGCCGGGCGUGGUUCUGGCCGCAGCUUCCCCUCUUGUGCGCCUUGCCGGCCUUCAUGGUAGUGCUCGUUUUAACAGUCCACGUACUUGCCCCAAACAGUCUUGUCUGUAAAUGUUUUGGGUUUACUCUCCAACGUACCGGCGUGCUGAGAAGCAGUAAUUGGCACCUUUUGUUUACGUGACAAACCUUACUGAAUGACUGUGGUCGGGUGGUGGCGGGUUAAACGACACAUUUGACGCGAUCUUGUUUAAAGCCAAUACGGGAGUAUGGGGGUGGUCUUUGCCCCACGUGACAUCGUCCAGAUUAAAAUGUUUAGGGGGUGUGUCAACGUCGGCACUGGAUCCACAUCUUGCGCGCGCGUGUACAGUGCACGCGUAUCCCGUUUUAACGUAGAGAAGGGGGGGGGGGCGAUCCAAAUUGGGAUGGGUUACCGAUCGAAGGUGUACCCAGGGAGCCAGCGUGCUGCAGCGUGGAACGGGGGGGGGGGGGGGUGCUCGUCUCUCUCUGCGCUUCAAACCGCAGCAGCCCCCCGGUCUCGACGCACCAGAGACCGGACGGACCAGCGGGUGGCGGCGCGCGAGGAAAAACCCCCGAGCCCUGGCCAAGUAGAGACGUUAAACGCGGCGACGACGAGAACCAUUCGUCCAUCACUGCAACAGUUUGUUCUCUCCUGCUGGUUGCGGCGGCGGCGGUGGCGGUGGCGGUGAUAGUUGGUGCUGAUGGUGAGCUUGUUCGUGUCGACCUCGUGGUGGCCGUCGUCGUCGUCGCUCUCGGGCACCUGAGGCAGCACCCCUCUGAUGUCACGGCUCCCCCCCCCACCAACCACCCGCUGCUGUCCACCUUCGCUCGGCGUGUAACGAUGAUGCGUGCGGAGGCGGCUCUCAAUCGGCUACGACCGCUCCGUCGUUAACGUCGGCGAUGCGUGCGAGUAAUGGCGGGUGCGAGGAACCGGUUAUUAUUCGUGUGUUAUACAUAUUGGCGGGGAGGGGUGGGUGGGGAGCGUGUGGCGUGACUACCUGCGGCCACCGGGAGGCGCUUACAUUCACGACGACGCGUUAAAACGCAAUCGAGUCGCGGCCCCCCAAAUUGCAGCGAUCCGUGGAACCUCCACCACCCCGAGGGGUCUGUGAGAUCAUCCACACGUGUGCCUCGUGGUUCACGUCUCGGAAAGAAGCCCGCGGGCGGUCUUGGGGCCAGGUGAAGGGCGUCGUCUUGUCACGAGCAGCUGAAGGAUCGCGACGCGUAGAAAGGGUGGCGUGUCUUUUACAAAGGGUCGCGAUGACCGGGCAUGAGAAUGGGCCGGGCAGGUGCUGGGGUUGAGGAUGGGUGCUCGCCUUGACAGUGAGGUCACGGCCAGGGCGGUUCUUAGUGGCUGUAAGCCCUCACCGAACCCUCACUGGACCCUGAACCCAGUCUCAACACCGAGGCCACGCUCGGUUAGAGUCAUGGCUCUCACCCUCGCACUAAAACCAAACCCCACACCGAACUAAAGCAGUUUAACCAUUCACAUAGCUCUCGACCUGUCGCUGGCCCUGACUAUAUCUAGCCGAGCCCAAUACGAGGCUGCAUCAGGGUCAGGAUCACGGCUGUAGCGCCCUGAUCCCUUGAGCCUAAAAUCCAACAUGACUUCAAACUUUUUUUAAAUUGCGUGUCUUAAUCCAAGCCCAUACACAACAUCCAGCCGAACACCAAGUUAGACCAGUUUAACCGUGGUUAUUGUAGUCGGGAGCCUAACACCCAGUCCAAUACAAUUGUUCUGCCAGAUUCGGGUCAUGGCGUUAGCCCCCAGAGCCCUGCACUAAACGUCAGCUGAGCACGGUGAUGCUAAACCGGUUCAGGGUCGUGGCUUUAGCCCUGAUCCUGACCCCAACACGGAGCCGCACAGACCCUUAUCAAACAAAACACUCACGGAUUCGAUGUUUUUUUGUUGUUGUUGCUCUUAACACUUUAACAUUGUUUUGUUACAGUGUAUGAACAUUUUAAAGAGAGGGAGAGAACAUGUUUUAAAAAUGAUUAAGAAAUGUAAAAAAAACAUACUUCUAUAAGUAAGGUAUAUAGAAAAGUCUAAAGGUUUAGUGUCAAAUUUUUACGAUAUUGUAACGUAACGAUAAAGUUCUAAACAUUUUUGAACUUAGCCAUGUUUUGUAAACACGACGGAGAUCUUUUGUACGAGUGUUAAUAGUUACCAACUUUAAUUUUACUUUAUAGUAUUUCAUUCAUUUCUGUCAUUUAUGAUCGUUAUUCUCGUAACAGAUUCUAAAUAUGCGUCGUCGUUUAAGCAACCGUGGGCCGGUUUUUACCCCCCCCCCUCCCCCUGUUGGUAGCGGCCGAACGAAUACCGAGUUCCCUCUCCCCCCCCUUCCUCCACUCUCUAGAAUGGUUCGGUCCCCCCCCCACGCCUCCAGCCCACCACGUGGUGGCGGUUAAACGCAGAGGUUGGAGCCACGUGGGUGCGCGGAUGACCGGGUUGUGUGAGAGACAGGAGGAGGAGGGGGGUGGUGGUUGUGGUGGUUGUUGGGGGGGGGGGUGGUGGUUAAUUAAAAUGGGUUGGUCUAGUCUCUGUUUUUCGGGGGUGAGAUGUUGAGAGUCGCACUUAACAUUAAAACGAAAUGAACUAAAGUUAUUUUAAGAAAUGCAAAACUUAAAAUCGAUUUAUAUAUUUUUGUUGUUGUUGUGGAAGAAAGGGGACGAGCUUUUGAUUUUAAGGGGGAGCGGUUUGCCAAUAUUACGCGAUUAAAACCCGGGCCGCCGCCGCUGCUGCCAAACUCCGUCUUCUUUUAAGUUCUUCUUAACGAGAAACGGAGAAGCGAUUACAAAGGUCAAGUCGGCAAUUUACAGGAGACUUCACUCGGCUCAACUCACCCGCUGUGAGCCGGUGUCCAAACCCUCCACGCGGCAGAGCAGAGAAGGGAGGACGUCCUUCCUUGUCGGGAUAGUCGUUGCGGAUAAAUGGGGAUUGUGGUCGUGUGAGUGCGGAUAUCGCGGGGGCCGUGGUUACCCUGAGUACGGAUAAGCGCGGAUAGCAGGGAGGCGGGGACGACAUUCCAAGAAGUUAAAGCGCCGUAUCCCCUUCGUGCUCGGACGCUAGCAACUUCAAGGGCACUGGUGGAAAUUCCACGUUUUUAUGGCGGGAGGUGUUUGUUUUCCGCAUAGUGAUUGGUUGGUUUGGUGUGGUUUUUGCGGUUGAGGGGGAUAGGUUGGCACUGGGGGUGGGGGGGGGCCCUCGGUGUACCCCCCCUACCUCCCCCCACUCAUUGCACUUGUGUACAUACAGACCGGGGCGUGUUAACACGAGAGUUGGGAUUCACAUGAACUUCAUGUGCAUGGGGGGGGGGGGGGGCUCUUUAACCGUGCCAUCUACCACGCUGCGCGGUACGGCUUGUUAUUGUAUGUGUGUAUGUAUGUUGAACUUCUUUCGCACCGUACGUGGCCAACCGUGCUAAUCGGGGAGGACAACAAACUAACCACAACAACAACAAGGAGCCGGUGGGGGGAUCACGGCUGUGAUCGACAGGAGUGUGGUCCGCGUGUGUGGGUGUUGACGAGGUGCUCCCUGCCCUCUUGUUGUCCACCGCACUUGGCACAGCCUGUCAAGACGCCCUUGGUUGCUCGUCACAGUCGUCCGGCCCAGCACUUGUCCAGGCUCAAGCCCCCCCCCCCCCGCCUGCUUGGCUUGCCGAGACGUGACGAGAUUGGGAGGGGUGGGGGGGCAUUCUGGGUGAUUUUUGAAGCGUUGAUGGAGUCGAGUUCACAACAGCGGUCGUCUCUUCCCCCCCCCCCCCCACACACAAGGGCGGAUGCUCGUCACGGAUUGCGUGGUGCUAAUUGUGGACAUUCCACAUUCAUAUGGCGGGGGAGCCAUAAUGUGGAAAUUCCACACUCGUAUGGCGGGAGCCGGUUUGGAUGUUACUUAGAACAGGCACCGUUGGCUUUCCUACAUUACUGGUAGAGUACUCACUCGUCGUGUAUCUGUUGCACAGGGGGAUGAUUGGCUGACCGGGAUUUGAGAAACGCCGCUCCGUUAAGAGGGAAGCAAAAACUUUGAAAAAACACACACAAUUCUGAACCCAAAAAUUGUCGUGGAAAAUUUAUGACAAAAUAAUAAUGAAGACGUAAAAUGUUUAAUAGAACAAGUAUUCGUCCAGUCGAUGUGUUUCCAAGGCCUCGCAAGCGAGGGGUAAAACUGAUGGUGCUGGCAAUUGCAUGCAAUGAUUUGGGUAACGCAACGAAGAGGUUGGCGAUAGCUGAUGGCAGGAGGGUGAUGGAGCGUCGCGGUUGUGAUCAUGAAGAGGAAGGAGGAGGAGGAGGCUGUGGGGUGAGUGGGACCGCGAGUUCAGGAGGUUAACCCGGGACGGGCAUUGGAGCUCCAGGUCGGUGGUGAUUGAUGAUGAUAAGGCUCUUUUUAAGAGUGAUCCCUAAAGAUUGGGCCGCUGAAUACACAUCUUGAACUUCUUUCGCACCGUACUCGGCUAACUAUGCUCAUCGGAGGUCCGGUGGCUGGGGGGGGGGAGUGGGAGAACAACAACCUAAACACAACAAGAACUUCUAAAGAAAUUCGUUUUCAAUCGAGAGGAUUUAGAAUUGCAUAGCUCCAGUGGCUUCCUUAUCUCGAAAGGGAAAACAAAACGCAGAGCCGAGCGAGGUGGCUGUUGUGGCUCCGCGUUCCGAGCACUUGGCCGGCUCCAUUAAGCGAGAUUCUGGGUUUGACUCCGGGUUUGAGGCCGCGUUCUCACGAGCAGUGGAGUUGAUGGGUCCUCAGCCCGGUCACCGAGGGGCUACACAUCACCCCCUUCCUCUUUUUGUCAAUCCACGAACUGGAUGAGAGUGUCUCCCCAUGCAACCAUACUUCACCGCGCUGGUCAGUGCGUGUUGGUGAAGGUCGGCAAGCGAUGCCUUGCGCAAAGUCUCCCGACACCUGGCGGGCGCUCGUUUGCAGGACAUCGGCAGGGUGUGGGGGAUAGAGGGAGAGCGAGAGAGCGGU